AUUGUUUCCGCACACAAUGCUUUAUAAUCAUUGAUGACCUUCUCUCUUGGGUUACUCGACAGCCUUCACAGCUUUUGCAUAUAAAGACCUUGAGUGAAGUCUGAGCUUUAUCCAGAGUUCAGUGCAUCUUUUCAGGCGGAGCAGCUCCUGAGGUGGUGAUGGCGGGUUUUAAAGUCCAAGCUGCUUGCGAAUGCUUAACCCAGAUUUCAGCUGCAUGACCCAGUGGGAAAAACAAACCCCUCAUCUGGUAUCUGUUUUUCUGUGAAUGACAAAGGUCAACUGUGUUCACAGAUGCAGGAUCACUGAUCAGCGAGGAGUCAGUCGGGCAAAGCUGUGACACAUUUCCAACUUCCACUAAUGAACGAUCUAUAAUAUUGGUCCUAUGUGAUGAAUGCAUUCCAACAGGGGGCACCACUGCAUUGCAUUUUGGCAAAGGCUCUGUCUGUAUCAUGGAAGGGUUAUUGAUUUCCACACCACAAACACCGAGGAAGUAAUCAUUGUAUUUGUACACUAUAAAAUAGAUUUACAAUCGUGUGACCAGAGACAGACUUGAGUCCAAGAACAUUUGUAACGGACGCAUACAGUCAUUGAGUUAUUCAAAUAUAUGUGCAUUUUAUUUCCCAACGUGAAGGGCAGUUGCAAUAAUCCAAAAUAUAUCCAGCUGUAAAAUGUCAACUCCCUCCACGUUUUUUAAGACCCCAGAUUUUAGGAGUCCUCUAUGGCCCUGAAUGUCACUCACGACUCGAUCCAUUUUCGAUGCAUUAUGAUGCUCUGAAGGCUGAGUAGAUUAUCUGCUCUAUAUGAUCUAUGUGAUGCUCCACUGUCUGUCUUUAAAGGCAAAAUCAGUGCAGGAGGGAACAGACAUUAGAGCUGAGUGUAUUUAUAGAACACCAUCACAUGCGCAUAUCUGAGAGUACGCUUAUAGAUUCAGGUCACAGUUGACAACAAAAGAAAUCAAUUACAUUUUUCUUGCUUUGACACGUAAAGACGUUCAUCAUGUGGCUUUUCAUGUCUUUGCAGCAACAUUUGUAGAUUCCUCAUUUGAGGGGUCUGAGUUUUCUAAAAAGCACCCUUUAUAAAAAGGUUUAUAAAUUGUAACUAAUGGCUUUUUGUAACAGCUAAUAAGCAACUUACUAGUGAUUUGUAGCUCUGUUACAAGCAGUUGAUAAAAAAGACCUCUGUUUGACCACUUCCCUGGAUGAGGGCUGCAGAGAAUCCUGUCCAAAAUUCAUGUAUUAACAACUUAUCAAAUAUUUACAACUGCAGACUUUCAGGGUUGUUGCAAAAAAACCCUUCAACGUCUGACUAACAUUCAUAACUGCAGACGUGAUGGCCUAUCAGAAGCUAAGAAACCAUCAGUUAUUGUUAAUGGAUUACCAACAUUUAUAACCACAUUAUUACCAAACACCAGGGUUACAGUUAAUAUGAUUAUUGUGCUUAAGUGGUGCAAAUUACCAAAUAACUGCAGUGGCUAAAACUACCACAAAGUAACUGCCACACAUUGAAUCUUGGGGUGUCGGGGGCCCCUGAGGGUUUGGGAGCCCAGCACAGUUUCCGACUUUGCCUGAUUGUAAUCCAACCAAAAGGACUGUUCACAACCUGGACCAUAAAAUUAUUUUCUUAAUAAUCUCUAAUAAAGUAGGAUGAAACAAAUUAUUAAGAUAUUGAUGGAGCCAUUAGUUAAAACGUAAAAACACGUGCUCUUAUUGGACUGUUCCCGAGGAUACAAGCUCAUCUCCAGUUAUUCUGAAGGACCAUAAAGUGUCUGCAUGUUUAUUCCCCAGACUUGUCACUAGUGGAUUUGUGGUCAUUGUGUGCUGCUGCCAUGCAGCAAUGAUUGAUGGGACACAUCGUCCCUGCCCUGCCUGAGGACCCUCACCAAUAAUAAGCCGUGUCCCUCGGAGAUAUGAUGUUCAGUCUUGCACCGCUUCUCCAUGACCCUCACACUGAGAUAAUGUAUAAGUGAUGUAUGGUGUGUGGCCUAUUCCUCUGCCAUUUAUUUGCGCCGUAUAGGCGCUCAACGCCCUCACACGCCUUGCGCAAGACAUGAUCCUAUUGGAUGAGCAGGGCAGGGGAUAUUGCAAGUGAUGAGAGAGAGGGAGAGGGAGAGAGGGAGAGGGAGAGCAGUCUUCACCAGCUCAUGUCUCUCCAACGGCAGACACACAAUGCUCGUUAAUAGGCUCCAGAUGCCUUUACAGAAAAUGCACGUCUGCUGGCUUUGUGGAUUGCCUCCUCUCCCUUGAAUCAUACAGAUGUGAACGGAUCUUUCUGCCAUCGACCAAAAGAAGAAGAUUAUGAGGUUGUAUCAAAUUUCAGAACACGUGGUGGAGAGCUUAUUUUCGAGGCUGGCGGCUGCGCGCCCGUCCUCCCUGUGAUGGAGGAGCGCUGUGGUGGUGUUGGUGGUGGUGGUGGUGCAUCGGUGGAAAUUUGUUGAGAGGUGCAGAGAAGAUAAUCAAUGAAGAUACACAUGACUCCUGUGCGUGUGGGCAAGGUCAGAGUCUAGCCUGGAUGAGAUUAUGUCCAUGUGGGGACAACAAGGACGGACUUUUACGCUUCCUCUCUGGGGACGACGAGGUCGCCUGGGGAUGUCCCCUGAAAACCAAGAGUUUCAAUCUGUGUGUUGGAUUGCAGAAGCAGCGAAAACCCCGUCCAUCUGCAUGAUCAUGGUUGAGCUUUAUUUUUGACAAUCUCCAAGCUGCGUGGCUUCUUUCUUUUCGCCCUCAGCCUGGAGUUAAAGUUUCUUCUCUCUGCUCGACGGCUGGAUGAUUUAUUCGGCCAUUGAUUCGUUUAAUUGCGCACAGUUGAAGCCAGGUGAGGUGAUUUUACAGGCUGCUGGUUAAAAGGAGCCAGCGGUUGAAUUCCAUCAGAGCAGCAGCAACAAUAACAACAGCGGCGGCGGCCAGCUGUGCUUUCUGGACGGUCACAUCUGUCGUCGUUGUCGUCGCUGUCCAUGGUGCUGAACUCGUGCUCCAGGAAUGGUGGAGACGCUGAGUAUCGCAGUCAUCGGUGCUCCCGGAGUGGGGAAAACUUCUAUAAUCCGCCAGUUCAUCUAUAACGAUUUCUCGGAGGUGUACACGCCGACCAGGACCAGAUAUGUGUACAGACCCUCCGUCAUACUCAAUGGGAACAUGUAUGAGCUGAAGAUUUUGGACGUCCCGCCAAUCUCCUCUUUUCCAUCAAGCUCCAGCCAGGAGUGGUUGGAUCUGCGCUGCAGAGGUGUUCGCAAUGCCAACGCCUACAUCCUGGUGUAUGACAUCUGCUGCGUGGAGAGCUUUGAAUACGUCAAAAUGAUCAGACAGCAGAUAGUGGAGCACAGGGAAGGCAGCAGCAGCGAGGUGCCAAUCCUGGUGGUGGGCAACAAGAGAGAUCUGCAGCGGCAGCGCUUCAUGCCUCGCAGGGCAGUGUCAGUCCUGGUGAAGAAGACGUGGAAGUGCGGUUAUGUGGAGUGCUCUGCCAAGUUUAACUGGCAUGUAGUCCUGCUCUUCAAAGAGCUGCUGGGCAUCGCUGUGGCGCGGGGCAUGCGCCAGAACCACACCUCCAUCCGUCUGCAGGGGGCGCUACAGAGGAAUCGCUGCACCAUCAUGUGACCCUGAGAGCUCCCUCCACCCCUCUCACCUCAGACGUGGAGCGGCAGUGGAGAAAAGGACUUGUUAUCUAAAUGGCUGGAAAAAAAUACCCUGUGGCCUCCUGCUUUACUGAGCUGAUUUUUCAAAAUGAGGUUUAUUAGACUUGCGCUGUAAAAGACACUGAAAUUUCACACAUGGUCAUCCGACCACUUCCUAGACAAAUUCUGCUAAAUGUGUAGAUGCAAGGAAGGAGGUAUGAGGGGACGCAGGUGAAAAACAAUAUGAUUAGCAUAGCACAGUUAUAUUUCUCACGUCACUCAGACAGGCAGGUAUUUGAGGCUGCAGCAGGUCUUGUUGAGGAUUGUCUUGUGGCUGUAUCUGGGUCUAAAAGGAUGGAAGCUGUGUUAGUGAGACUCAAAAUGAAGAGGCAGCAAUAUCAUCCAGUCUUCCUUUGAAUUUGUCAUAGUCAGUAAGGUCAACAGCAGACGCUUGUACCGGACAUAUUUGGAUUUAUUUGAGAGCAGUGGUCGACAAGAUAGAAUAGAUAAAGAGAAAAACAUAUUCCAUUCUGGAGAGAUUAUCUGGUGUGUAGAGAUAUGAUUAGAUGGUGUUUAAUUUUAGAUUGUGAGAAGUAGCCUACGUUCUUUUCUUUCCCUGUCCCCAUUACAAACUUGGCCUAGGGUAAAAGCUGUUUGUUCAGAUGAAGGGUGUUUUAAGGUUGUCUUGCAGCAGAAAAUACUGCAGUCCCUUAUCAUGAUGUACUGUAGGACUUUAAUCUGCUCCCUCCCCUCACUCAGUGUCUGUUUCUGAUGAAUACAUUAAAUCCAGGGAACUGGGGACCUGCAGGAGGCUGCAGAGCCUGAAACAAGAACCUGUACACGCAGUAUGUGUGUGUGUGUUUGUGUGUGUGUGAGAGAGAGGGUGAGGGAGAUGGAGACAGAGAAAGGCAGGUUUGAUAGCUGACAUUCAGGCAAGCAAAGGACAGACACAGCAAGAUAAGAGACAGAUGUUGAAGCUUUAGAUUAGGAAGGAGCAAUAAAAUCCAACAAGGAUGUCCUGUCUGACUAUAUGUAUCACCAUGUUAUAUUAAAAAUGCCUCACACAGUAGAUGUAAUCCACUCGUGCUCAGAUAUCCUGCAGAAACGAGGCAUAGCUCAAUGACUUCCACGAAACACCCCAUUAGUACAUCACAGACACACAGGGAACCUUAAUAAAGCUUUCAUAUCAGUAUCUGAAUAGUAUCUAAUUGGUAAUGUUGUGAGAUUAACAGUUGCUUUUUCAUUUGAUUAGGCCUAGGCUAGGUAUUUUGUGAAUAUGGCUGCACUGAAAGUAAGCAGACCUAUUGUAUAUAAGAGUGAUUUUUAGAGUAAUUGACUUGCAUGCUUUUGUUGGUAGAGCCAACGGGUCAGGGUUUAAUUGCACUGAUGUGAAAAUGUGAUAUUGUGUUUAUUUUUUGUAAUACAUGGUUUUCUGACACUGUAAUGAGCAGCUGAGUGGAGUGAAUGUGGUCGUUUUUCACUGGCAUGUGAGAGCACAAGCUCAUGAUUCUCUCCGAGAUGUAGUUUUGAACCCUUCAAUCAGGGCAGAUGGGUGUGUUAGUAUUUUGUUUUUCUAGUAAAAAAUGAAAUAUGUAGCAGAGAUACAUUAGAAAGCAACUGUGUGUAGCAUGAGUUCUCAUCAGUUUGUUUGUGUGCGCGUUUCCAAAUAAAAAGGGCUACCGUUUUUUAUCAGAAACAUUACUUGUAUUUAUUUUUACUGUGUUAGUACUGUGGGUAAUUUUGUUUUAUUAUUAAAUGCAUUUGAGAACAGCAACCUUUCUCUGGUCACUUUUCAAUCCUGUGAGACAGUUACACCACAUAAACCACUU